CUUCUCCCGUUACCAACCCUUUCUUAAUCAUUGUAAUGUAUUCAAUUUUAAAUUGUGAUUAAUAUGCGAAACUUAAUAUUGUGCACCAUAGAGACUCUGGGCGCUCUUGACGCACUCGAUAUCCCGACACGCUCUCCAGCCAUCUUUCACCCCGGCUUCCCGCUCGCCGCUUGUCGCCCACGCUUAGCGCACAGCACAGAACAAAUGUCAUCCAAUUAAUCUUCAUAAGAAAAAGUGAAAUCAAAGACUGAAGGCGAUGUGAUUUCAAUGUGGCCAGCAAACAGGCUGGCAUAGAAUCAUUCAAGCGCUCCAUUCAACAUGUUCUUCUCCAGCGCAAUAAUAUUCCGUUUCAAAAUUGUAACACUUUGCGCUCUUAGUGUUGGUCUAGCACUUACACUAACCCAAUCCGCAUCCGCCGCUAUCGCCGUCUCUGUCACCCCAACAACGUCGCAGGAACAACAACUGCCGCAGCGCAUUUAUGGUUUGCUAGAUAAAUUGUUCACUGGCAGAAAACUGAAUGCGAGUGCCAAGUUUGCAUUGUUGCUUGCCGAAUUUCUGAUAAAACAGAAAAUGCGUUAUGUGGCCCCCACACGAUACGACCGACAAUUGUAUUACCAUCUGCUGCAUCGCAUGGAUCGUCUAAUGCGGAAUUCAAAUCAAAACAUGAAUCAAUUGGAAAAACAAAUACUGGACAACGCCUUCCAACGUAAUGUGCUGCUUUUGCCACCCAGCCUGAAAUAUGGCGAGUUAAAUGCCAAUGCCGAGUACGAGCAGCUGGCCAUAAAUUAUGACAAUCUGGUUAAUCGGGGUCAACCUAAUAGCACACAAUCGGAUCGCUGCAUGCGUGAUAUAGUUAAUUUGAAUCCCAUUAAGUGCAAGCUCAGCCUGGACUGUCUGCAAGUGUUGACUAGCGAGGCUUCUGCGUAUGGUUAUCAGCGCACUCACCAGGUUCUACUGCUUUUUAUGCUUUCGCAUCAUGCUUGUGCGCCCAUUUUAAGUCCUCCCCAGUUGUAUGAGGAGUUGGCUAAGGGUCACUGCAACGAAAUUUUGAGUGAACAAAAUGCUAUACGUAGCCUGGCCUUGGGAAUGGGCAAGUACAAGGACUUGUAUUUGGAGCAAGCAACAAUCUGUGGUCUGUAUGGUUAUAAUGAGUUUCUCAACUGGCGAAAUGUGAUGGAAAUUGACAGUUGGUUUCCCGAUGAUGACCUCAAUAACGAGCACAUUAACGACUUGGCUCUGGUGUUCUAUAUAAAUGCGCUGCUGCUGCUGCAUUAAACGAUGUUCGUUGCCGACGACGAUGAUGCUGUUUAUGCUUUAUAUGUAUUUUGCUUGCUAACUGUUGCUUCUUCUCUCGCUAUCUUCCUCUCUCCCAUACUUGCUAAAUGCUUUAUAACGGAAUAAAGUGCGGCUUUAUUGCUUGACAGCUUUGCUAUGUCGAGUGGGAGUGAGAAAGAGUUGUAUGGGCGUUGUAUGCUACUUAAUAUUGGGGAGUGAGUGAGACAGUAGUUAAUACUUUUGUUAUUGAACAGCGUGAGAAUGCAUGCGGUUGGUUGGUUGGAAAGGGAAGAGGGGGAUGGCGUGUCAGGUGCUUGUCAAGCAGACGCCAUUUGUAAUGUGACACAUUAGAUGCGCCUGGCUGCCUGGUUGAUGGAUGCGACGACAGCGAAGAAAGAGGAAGAGCAGGAAGACGACAACAACACUUUCCAUUACAAAAUGUGCUCGCAUUGAAGUGGAAUACUAAUAUUUGCCCUGACAUACUCGAGA